CCAUCCAGUUACCAUCCGAGGCCUCCAUAUACACGCAGAAGAGAGAUAGAAUUCCCCUUCUCAUAUCCCUUUGACAAGUACCUCCAGAAAAUUUAAUCUGAUGCAUAGGUACGAGUACCCCAGCCAUUAGUGAUUGUUCAAUGGAUAUUAUAUAGGCCAUCAUGGACUGAAAAUAAGGGACAAUCAAGUCGGAUCAUUGACACUCUAAACCACUUGUUUCGUAGCAGUUUUGAAGGGGAUUUGUGCUCGAUAGGAUUGCUGGAGGAUUUCUAUCGGCUUCUGGUGCUCAACAGUUGGAAUUUUUGUCAAUUAAAUAUUUCCAUAGAUUUUUCUAUUUAUUUUGAAAUGAACAAGUUCAUUGGAACUCUGUGUCUGGUCCUCCAGGUGGGCAUUGCAUUCUCUGGGCCUGUUGGACGCCCUGAUUUUGUAUCAGAUGACAUGAUUGCUCUUGCAGCAAGUGUUGUCAAUGCGUGUCAAACGCAAACAGGCGUAGCCACAGCUGACAUUGAAGCUGUCAGGAGUGGCCAAUGGCCAGACUCAACACCCCUGAAGUGCUACAUGUACUGCCUCUGGGAGCAAUUCGGCCUCGUAGAUGAUAAACGGGAGCUCAGUCUCAACGGAAUGUUAACGUUCUUCCAAAGAAUACCAGCCUACAGAGCUGAAGUUCAAACUGCUAUCAGAGAGUGCAAGGAGAUCGGUAAAUACUUCGCUAAUGGAGACAAUUGCCAGUACGCAUACACCUUCAAUCUGUGUUAUGCCAAAUUAUCUCCAAGGACUUAUUACCUAUUCUAACUGCCAAAACGAUUUAACCGUAUAAUCAUCUUUAAUGUGAUCAUUCAGGAAGUACUCGCCGAAUACUCAACUACUAUCGAAUCUAUGAAUAAUCAAAAAUAACAAUCAGUCGUAAAAAUUUUUUCGAUGAUGUACGUUUGAUGGGAUAUUAAUAUUGACUUUAAUAAAAAAAUGAUUGAGUGUC